AUGGAAGAACUCAUGGAUGAAAUUGAAUAUAAAAAAGCAAAAGAAGAUUGGGUUACCGGCCAUGAAGGCGGAUCCAUGUGGGAAAUAUAUUUUAUAUCAUUUGUUCUUUUGAAUUCAUUUGUUUUAUGGUCGGCAGCGGCCAAAUAUACUAAAAUUUUCGACUAUGCUUCUAAUAAUAUCAUCUCGAACUUUCUAUUAGAAUACAUGUUUCUCAUUAUUCCAAGUCUUCUCUCGUGCACUUUAUUGGUAGACUUUGCUUUUUACUUAAAUGUAAUCUUAUUAAUUUUGACCUUUGUGAUAAUCAACACAUCAUCAAUAAAACCAACGAGUGAUGAAAAGAAGAAAAAAAAAAAUAGAUGGGAAAGUGAUUCGGAUGAAGAAGAAAUAAUUGAAUUAUCAGUAAAUGAAGAUAAAUUAGAUGAUAAGAAUUUAGCAGGAGCGAGUACAAAGAAGAUUAAUGUUGAUGAUAUUAGGAGGAAACCUUUCUUGAGCGCAUUUAGAUCUUGUAUGAUGAUUUUAACUUGUUUGUCUAUUUUGGCGGUGGACUUUCCGAUUUUUCCAAGGCGGUUAGCAAAGACAGAAACUUACGGAACUUCACUUAUGGAUCUUGGGGUUGGUUCUUUUGUGUUUUCAUCAGGUAUCGUGGCUGCACGACCGUUUUUGAAAAAACCAGAAAAUCGGUUCAAACCAUUCAAGGGACAAUUAUUAAGAGCAGUCAGACAAGCAUUACCAAUAUUAAUACUUGGAUUUAUACGAUUAAUGAUGGUAAAAGGUGUUGAUUAUCAAGAGCAUGCUUCCGAGUAUGGUGUACAUUGGAACUUUUUUUUCACACUUGGAUUUUUGCCCAUAUUUGUCACUAUUUGCAGAGCUCUUCAUAAAUAUAUCC